AUGGACGAUGAUCAAUCAUUUGUAAAUAGUUACCCCAGUGUGCAACCUGCUCCUGAUGAAGGUGUGAUAUCAGUGGAUGUCUCCAGAGACGCUCUAGUUGACUCUAUGACCGACAUGUCUGAGACUCCUAUACCGCCUGAUAUUAUUGCAUCUGUGGGCACGACUGCAGACAAUGAGGAAGAGAAUGGAAGACUAACCCUAGCUUAUGAGAGGCUCUAUGAAAUACCAAAAACUAUUGUGGAGAGGUUUUCCGACCACAUCAAGUACCUGGAUAUUAGUCAUAAUAAGAUCACAAAUCUUGAUGCCCUAGUGUACUUCAAGAGCCUCACCUCACUGAUAGCUGAUGAUAAUCCCAUCACUGAGAACUGCUACUUACCUCCACUGCCCAAAUUAGAACUGCUGUGGUUGAAUCGUUGUAAGAUAGCGUCGCUCUACCCAUGGGUGGGUAAGCUGAAGGAGUCGUGUCCUAACCUGCAGUACCUUUCUCUGAUGGGUAACCCCGCUGCACCCAGUUAUUUCAAUGGAGGCACUUUCUACGAAUACCUACAAUACAGGCUCUUUGUAAUAUCACAAUUCCCGUCUCUAAACCACUUGGACGACCGUAGAGUGACAGAAGACCAGAGACUGGAGGCUCAAAGGCUCUACAAAAGACCGUUCUUCGAAAGAAUGGUGAAGCCAGCCGGUCUUUCGCAGAUUGUUAACACUUCAGUCACAUGGAAUACUUUCCAGAACAAGAUCAACAACUUCCUCGGUAAGGAUAAACAGGGUAACCGGAAUUUGUUGAUAUAG